CGCCGAGAAAGCUCCCUCGUCUCGUCUCUACUCUGCUCCCCACCACUCUCCCGCCACACUUCUUUUCUAUUCACCAAACAAUAACAAAAAAAAAAGGAGGAAUAAAUACGUACAUAUUAAAUAUCGCAAUUAUUCUCCUCCUUUCUUAUCUUACUUAAACGUCUCGGUCAAAAAAUUACCAAUCCGCUAAGAUUAGAAUUUUUUUUUGCUUCCCGAAUUUGUGCGCUGUAAUGCAAUUCGCGUCGACUCUGGCGUACUGCUCGUCGAUUCAGGGCUUCGAUUUCUCCCGAUUUUGAUUCGUACGGAGAAAGAUUCACAAUUGGGAUCCAUGAGCGUUGUUGUCUCUGGAUUUGGGGAAAGAGUGGGAAUCGGAAUCAGCGGCUUUUCGGAAAGGUAACGCAGGGCCUCUUUGUGCUCUUUGGACAGGGGGAGGGAUCGGAGUAAUCGGGGAAUUGGAGUGAGUAAACAGAGAGGGUGGAGAGGGAUUCGGAGAGAUCUGGUGAUGUUUGAGGGGAUGGAGAGGAGUUAUCCGGCGGCGGCGGCGGCGGCGACGAUGUAUGAGGCGGUGGAGGGGAGUGGAGGGGUGGUGCUUUCGCGCGACCCGAAGCCGCGGCUGAGGUGGACGCCGGAUCUCCAUGACCGCUUCGUCGACGCCGUCACCAAGCUCGGAGGACCAGAGAAGGCAACACCAAAGUCAGUUCUGAGACUUAUGGGCAUGAAAGGACUAACACUAUACCAUCUAAAGAGCCAUCUUCAGAAAUAUAGACUCGGGAAGCAAACCAAAAAGGAGACAGGUGGACAGGCAAACACAGGUGGUACGGUCAAUCCCUCUCGAAGAAGCAAUUCGAGUGUAAACAGCUACUCGUGUGUCACUCCUAGCAAUGUUUCGAUUGGAAAUAACAUAGGAGAAUUGCCACUGGCUGAGGCAUUAAGGUAUCAAAUCGAGGUACAGAGGAAACUACAAGAGCAACUAGAGGUACAAAAGAAACUGCAGAUGAGAAUCGAGGCCCAAGGCAAGUAUUUGCAAGCAAUAUUAGAGAAAGCCCACAGAAGCCUCCCUUUAGACGUGAACGGUACCAGGGAUUUCGAGGCUGCAAGUGCCCAACUCACGGAUUUUAACCUGGCACUAUCAGGCUUAAUGGACAAUGUAAACCAAGUGUGUGAGGAAAAGAGUCCCGAGCCAGGAAAAGCUAUGACACAAGAUAGUAUUGAGAGGAGUAAUAAUAACGCAAGCACUUUGCUUCGGCGUAACAGGGAGGAGGAGGUCAGGGACAUGAAAGUUAAUUUGAACGCGGGUUCGGUCAUUUUAGAUUUGAACAUAAGAGGAGGAUACGAGUUUCUUGGUGGGAGAACCCGAAAUUAGAUCUCCAGAUCCAUUCACAGAGAAGUUAGAGAUGUUUUCCUCCUCCAAAAUGAGAUAUGAUUUUCAGAAGUUAUCAAUGUGAAGUUACAAUUUCAGUUGUGUACGAGGUGAAUUUUGAGCACACCUAGAGCUUCUUAUUCUUUUUCUAGCUUGAAUGAUUGGUGUUCAAUCUAGUCGCUGCAUAUAGAACACGAAAUAAAAUGUACUGGGUAGUGCUAUGGCUUUGCAUAAUUACAUGCAAACUUCUAAGAUAAGGCCGAGAGAUGUGCCAAAUUGUAGACUUUUUUUAUGUAAAUUUCUUCCGAAUUGUUUGUAAAAUUUUGGCUGCAGUAUGAAACCUGGACCCUGGCGUGUUGUACUGUA